AAUCCUCGUGCCAGUAAAGCAAUCAUCAAGAGGGAGUUCAAACUACUCCUAAAUACAUUUGAGAUGGGUCGUGGCACUAGGAGAGUUGCUCUGUUAUGCUUACUCUGUCUUCAUGUUCUUACAGUGAGUGUGAUUGCUAGGAAUGUAGCGAGUGUGGGUAAGAAUGAGAAAGAAAAGUUUCUAAACAUUGGGGAUGGAGGAGGAUUUGGAGGUGGAAGUGGAGGUGGUGGUGGUGUUGGUGGUGGCUUUGGAAAGGGUGGCGGCAUUGGUGGUGGGAUUGGUAAGGGAGGUGGUGUUGGUGGUGGCUUUGGUAAAGGUGGUGGCAUUGGGGGUGGAAUAGGCAAGGGUGGUGGCUUUGGAGGUGGAGUUGGUGGUGGUCAUGGUGGAGGAGUUGGUGGUGGCAUUGGCAAGGGUGGUGGUAUUGGUGGUGGAAUAGGCAAGGGUGGUGGCUUUGGAGGUGGAGUUGGUGGUGGUCACGGUGGAGGGGUUGGAAAAGGUGGGGGAGUUGGCGGAGGAGUUGGUGAUGGAAUAGGUAAGGGUGGUGGCAUUGGUGGUGGUCAUGGUUUUGGAAAAGGUCGGGGUAUUGGUGGAGGUCAUGGUGGAGAGUUUGGAAAAGGUGGGGGAGUUGGCGGAGGAGCUGGUGGUGGAUUUGGUAAAGGAGGAGGCAUUGGCAAGGGUGGUGGAAUUGGUGGAGGUCAUGGUGGAGGGUUUGGAAAAGGUGGAGGUGUUGGCAAUGGAAAUGGUGGAGGUCAUGGUGAUGGGUUUAGAAAAGGUGGGGGACAUGGCAGAGGAGUUGGUGGUGGCAUUGGUAAGGGUAGUGGAACUGGGGGUGGAAUAGGCAAGGGUGGUGGCUUUGGAGGUGGAGUUGGUGGAGGUCACGGUGGAAGGUUUGGGAAAGGUGGGGGAAUUGGUGGCGGAAUAGGUAAGGGUGGUGGUGUCGAUGGUGGCAUUGGUCAAGGUGGUGGGGGAGGCCUUGGUGGAGGCAUUGGGAAGGGUGGUGGCAUUGGUGGUGGUGAUGGCGGCUUUGGAAAUGGUGGUGGCAUUGGAGGUGGUGGUGACUUUGGAAAAGGUGGUGGCAUUGGAGGUGGGUUUGGUAAAGGUGGUGGAUUUGGUGGCGGCAUUGGAGGUGGAUCUGGUGGUGGGUUUGGAGGGGGAUUUGGCAAAGGUGGUGGAAUAGGAGGCGGUUCAGGAGGUGGAUAUGGUGGAGGUGGUGGAUUUGGUGGAGGAGUAGGCGGAGGUGGUGGGUUUGGUGGAGGAGUAGGCGGAGGUGCUGGGUAUGGUGGAGGAGCAGGUGGAGGUGGUGGAUUUGGUGGUGGAGGCGGCUUUGGUGGAGGAGGCGGCGGUGGGAUUGGACACCACUAAGCAUUAGAUUGUGCGGAUAUAGUAAUAAGCAAUGAAUGUAAUAAUCAUAAUUGUCAUGGAUUUCUGUUUCUAGCAAGUGAAUUAUUUUGUUGAAGAGUUUAUAGUUACGUUAGUAGCAUCUCUUGCCAGUGAUGACAAGUAUGCCUACUCAGCCCGUUGUAAGUUAUUUCUACUUAAAAUGUAAAAUAUAAAUUGAAAAUA